UGUGGGAAUCGCUUCUCGUAUUUGAUCUCAUUCUCGAUGGUCCCCGUCACGCUCUUUAUGUGGACUUUGUCCUUUCGUCAUUCGGCCCCCCAAAACAAAUCGGUCUACGAUGACUUUACUAUAACAAGAAGACGCAAUGAUGUCACUCUUUUCCAUUCUGUGACUUGAUGGUUUCGGCACUUUUAGCGUUAUCUCGUCUUUCCGCUCGGACUAUUAGCGCUACGCGUGGGCGAGAUGCUUCAUUAUCGGGUUAUUUCGGGUUUUUGUUUGUGUGUGUUUUUUUUAAGCCGGCACACAGUUUAACUCUAGAAAAGUGAGAUGACGAGGACCCGCCACGCAAAUCGUCUGCACAGCAAACAAACCGGUUAAAUGGCAAAAACAAGCCUUACGUUCAACAUGUGAUUAAAAUCCAUCUGUUGAGCAGAAGUGUGAGCGAGUGCGGCGUUUAGGACGAUGAUGACGGCUCCCCUCCCCAAUGCGAGUGAAGUGAACGAGCGAGGAGUCCAAAAUCAGUUGGAGAUGCCGUCACGUGUGAGCAAGUCCUCGGUUAGAAUGCAUUUUUUUUUCUUCUGUAGAACAUGUAAAACUAUUGGCUUUAAGACGCACAUAUUUACACCUAUCCAUAUAUGUUUGUGCUCUGUCUGUAAUGGCCGACUUGACAGCGAACAGCAGAGUGACGGAACAUUCCAGGAGAGGUCCAACUAUGUAGGAAGCUAAUGUUGAAGCCAAUGUUAACAUGAACCCCAAUGAAGGAAGCUAACGUAGGUCUUCAUUAGCACUAUUGUUAGAGGUAACGUUAAAGCUAUCGUAAGAAGUAACGUUUGAUGCCACCUUCUCUAGCUAAUGCCGGAUGCCACGUUGGAAGUUAACUUUGGAGGCUAACAUUGGUGCCAACGACAGAAGCUAACGUUGACCUUCAUAAGCUCUAACUUAAGUGGUAAUGGUGGAAGUUAACUCCAGGAGCUGACCUUGAAUGCUAACUUUGGAAGCUCACUUUAGAUGUAACGUUGGAAGCUAACUUUGGAGUCUAAUGCUGGAUGCUAACGUUGGCGGCAAAGUUGGAAGCUAAGGUUGGACGCUAACUUUGUAGGCUAAGAUUGGUGCUAAAAUCAGAAGCUAGCCAUGGUAGUGUUAGUUAUUGUUGGAAGCUAAGGUUGGACGCUAACUUUGUAGGCUAAGAUUGGUGCUAAAAUCAGAAGCUAGCGUUGGUAGUGUUAGUUAUUGUUGAAAGCCAACUUCUGAAGCUAACAUUGAAGCUUAAAGUUAGAAGCUAAUUUUAAGCUAAAGUUGGCGGCAAUAUGGGAAGCAAAUAUUGGAGCUAACCUCUGAAGCUAACAUUGUUGCUAAUGUUGUUUUUUCGACUGUCUAAUGUUUAAGGUAACUUCACGAGAUAAUGCAGAGAAAGGUCCGGAUUGUUAUUGGCAGUGGUGGAAUUAAAAAAAAAGAAAAAAGAAAAGGGAGUACAUACUUAUGUCGGAGUCUGUCUAAGAUAGUAUAUAAUAGCUAUAAUUUACGAUUAGAAUUCACGCCAGUGAAAUCAAAUAAUCUCUAAGCCAUUUAUUUUAAAUUGUAAUGUUGCAACAUCAGUUGAAAUAAAAAUAAAGUGUUUUGGAAUGAUAGUUUAAGCUUAUUUAAGCUUUAAACAGUUAAUAGAGGCAAUAUAGAUCCACACAGUUCAUUCAACGUCAGUUCAAGUUUUUUUGUUUUUUUUUUGAGCGGAAGCGCAAGUGAGAGCGAGCACAGCGAUUAGGAGGAUUAUGACUGGUCCCUUCCGAACGCGAGUGACGAGUCCAAAUCAACCGGAGAUGCGAUCACGUGUGAGCGAGGCCGAGAAAAGGAGGACUAAGCAUCUCUGGAAUAAAACGGGGGCAAGUGAAGGAGUCGCCCUGUCAAGAAGACAUGAAAGCGGGGGCCCUGAAAGACAUAACUAGAGAGUAAAGAAGGAGGAGGGGGGAACGGAGGAGAAGCAAGCGGGACAAAACAACAAGGAGACGCCUCUUGUCCGGAGGAAAAGGCUCGCUUCAUGACAAGAUGAAGCCAAUCAAAAAGCAGGGCCGCCGUCCCCCCCCCUCCGCCCGGGCCAAAGGGGGAAAGCGGCGCGCUGCCGGCGAAGGAGGCGAGAAAAGAGACUCGGAUGAAAACCGAGACGGAACCGCUCCAGUCCAAGAUCACCUCUCUUUCUCAUCUCAAUCAGAGUCCUGCGACCCAGUCAGAGCCCGAGACUCUUCCGACGGAGAGUCGCUUUUCAUCGACUCUGGGAAAUUGCUAGCGUCGUCAGACGAUCCAUCCGGACAUUCGGCAUUGAGUGCCGGGAGCCACAGUGACAGCAAUGCGAGCAGCUGCAGUAACAGCAGCACACCAAGCGCCAACAGCAGCCCCAACCCCACGUCCAGUCGCAAAACCGCCACCUUUAAGGCUCGCGUUCCCAAGAAGAAGUACACAUCCGAACACUGCUCCAUUACUACCGGCGGUAACCAUAACAAGUUUGCUUCCAGUACCCCCCCUCCUCUUCUUGUGAGCGGUGGGGCCCUGAACCAGCUGUCAUCGUGUUCAGGUACUCCCAUAAAUGUUUCACACCCUGAUGGUCAAAGUCGGAGCAUUGUGGCUAACAGCAGAGAGCCACGUCCGGAUGGUUCCCCCGGACCGCCUAUCCUGUCACUGCGAGGGGAAACGGAAAGGCCAGGAGGGGCAGAGGUGGUCAGGGAUCCUGAGCGAGUGUCGCCAAGCCCCCUGCCCCGAUGCUCCUCCACAGACACGGCCAGCGAGCACUCGGCAGACCUGGAGGUGGUCGCGGAUGUUUCCUCACGCCCGCCCUGCAGUCUCCCCGACACACUCUCUGACGCCCUAGCCAAAGGACUCAAAAAUCAGCGAGUCCUGGCCCGUCAGGCCCAGAAACGAAGUGAUGAAGAUGGUGGAACUGAAAGGAGGAAUGACGGGAAGAGUUCUGACUUGGUUUUCUGUGCCGGUGUGGUCCGUAGAGUCAACGGCGAAUAUGGAAGCCUGGAAGUGCAACUGAAUGGGGAGAAGACACUCUGCCGUUAUCCUUAUCGACACAUCAGCCCCCAAGGGGUUGUAGACAUCAUCCUUGAUGCCCCACCACCUGGUGUCCACCCCAUUCCGCUCGGCGCCCGCGUCUGCGUGCCCUUCAGCAACGAGGACGGCAGCGAGGCCCAGUGGUACCGGGAAGGCUUGGUGACUCAGGUGGAUACUCACCCAGCGGUGGCUAAUCGCUACCGUGUUCUGUUGUCUGAUGAGAGAGCUUCAUCUCUGAAUGAAGAUGUAGAUGACCGGGUUGCACCCAGCGCCCCCCAGGCUGUUUGGGUGUCCAGACAAACACUCCGGCUCCUGGUGCCACCCUGGGACCUGGACCUACCCUCAAGAGAGGUAGAGGAGGACGUUCGAGAAAAUGAAAUGGAGCAGGAAGACAGGGAUGAAAUGGACGUGGAGCAAGAGGUGUGCCGUCUCAGCCGCGGAAUGACACCGGGUGUCGGGUCUGUGUUAGGGAGGGUGUACCCUUGCAUGAUCCCUGUCUCCUCGACACCGGGACACAAUAUUACCACUCCAGUCACGCCGGCCUCAGUCCUCAGCCUGGCUCCUGGCCCGGAAUGGGACAUUGAAAAAGACCUCGCAAGAGAGCGGGAUCUCCAGAGAAAACAGGAAAGAGACAGGGAGAAUAUUGCAAAGCAACAGCAACAACACCAUUCGUACAUGCCACUCAACCCUGAGGACGACAUGGAGGUGUCCCACUUCAACAUGGUCCCCAUGGGAGCGCUAAGACUGGGGCCGAAACCCAUGGCAGUUCCUCAACACCGCCACAUCGUCUCUAAGCCGCCACCUGGCUACCUCAAUCCUCAUAUGUCUGUGGUGCAGGGCCUUGGAAUUCCUUCUGGCCACCUUGCCCUAAACCCUCACCCGCCACCCUCCCCGAUACUGCUCGGUCUGGACCCGGCGGUCGGGGCCGCGGCAGCUAGUACUGCUGUCAUUUCCACUGCCCAGCUCCCGCCCCUGCCGCCUAUCUCCUCCAGCAUGUCCUCCUCCAGAGUGGAGAAAGCAUCAGGAGGUAGCUCCUCUGGUGGAGGUGGUGCUUCUGGAUCAGGUUCCACUUCCUCCUCAUCUUCACGUUCGCGCACCCCACUGACAGCUGCCCAGCAGAAGUACAAAAAGGGAGACGUGGUGUGCACGCCAACGGGCAUCCGCAAGAAGUUCAACGGGAAGCAGUGGAGGAGGCUUUGCUCUCGCGAGGGAUGCUCCAAAGAGUCUCAGCGCCGAGGAUACUGCUCCAGACACCUCUCCAUGAGGACCAAGGAAAUGGAAGCCAGCGGGGGCAUCCGGGAGCGAGGAGGGGCCAGCAGCACGGGAACCUUGACGCCGUCUGACCUGCGACAUAGCGGAGGCCGAACCAGCUCCGAGUUUGACUGGGAUGAGACUUCCCGAGAAAGCAGUGAGGCCAGCAGCCGUGGAGGAGACUCCCGGCCUCGCCUGGUCCUGCCCUCCCUGCUUCCCCAGGAUCUUUCUCGCUUUGACUUUGACGAGUGUGAAGCGGCGACCAUGCUGGUCUCCUUGGGGGGUUCCCGUUCGGGCACGCCCUCGUACUCGCCAAUUUCCAACCAGUCGCCCUUCUCCCCUACCCCGUCGCCCUCCCCCUCGCCGCUCUUCAGUUUCCGCCCGGCAAACUUCAGCCCCAUCACCGCCCCCUCCUCGCGGCAUCAUCGCCAGCUGAGCGGCACCAAACUGGGCACUCUGGGCGCAGAACGAGAACACCACCUCUCAGGCAUUGUGCCCACUUUUCAGACCAACCUCACUUUUACGGUGCCCAUGAGUCCGAGCAAGAGGAAGCUGGACAGCCACCCUCCUCCUCCACUGCCAGCAGUCCACGACUAUCAGAGCAAACCGGAGCAACAGCAAAUGGUGACUGUGGGGGGAGGUCUUGUCGGUGAUCUGCAUCUUGGCCCCGCUGCCUUCAGAGUCCUUUCCCCGCAGAGUCAACCGACAACCCCUUCCUCGCUGACUUUCCCACGGCCACGUAGCGCCACCAGCCGUCCCCCGUCCUCUGCCGCCUCCACACCCCCGCCAAUGCUGGUCUCGCCCACGCCCCCCUCCCCGCUGCCUCAGGAACCUUCUCCGCGCCGCAUCGUGCCCCUGCGGGAUUCUCCGGUUAUCGUCCGCAACCCCGACGUCCCCCUGGCCAAGUUCUCGGAGGGGCCCCUAGCAAGGCGGGAGAGGAGCCGAUCCAGGGAGCUCAGUCAGGCCCAACACGCGGUCCCGCCAGGCCUGCAGGCGCCCGUUCCUAUCAAUGGAGCCACUACCAACGGCGCCGUUCUCCUGCGCAACCCUGCAUCUGCACUAGUCCUGGUCACGUCUAGCUCGUCCCUCACCUCAACCUCAGCAGGCCACGCCGCCCUCUCCAGUUCGUCCACGGCCGGAUCAGUGUCAGCUACCGCCGGCCCCGUCCCGUCCUCGUCGGGGUCCGGGGGCAGGGAGAGAAAGGCCGAGGGCCACCAGGAGGCCGCCGGUGGGGCCCUGCCACAGCCGGUGGCAUGCCACCCGACACCCACGGCGCUCCUGCCGCUCAUUCUGCCCGCCGAGUCUUCGCACCCUGCGCCCCGCAAGCAAAUCAUCAUGGGACGUCCCGGCACGGUGUGGACCAACGUGGAGCCUCGCUCCGUUCCCGUCUUCCCUUGGCACUCGCUCGUCCCCUUCCUGGAGCCCGGCCAAUCGGGAGCGGCCGCCCGGCCCGCCGUCGACGGCCGGCAGAUCGGCAGUCAAAGCCAAGAGCCUCGUUGCGGCGUGGUACCGCCGGGCGACGGGCGUCCCCCCGACACGGCGAGGGCGUCGCCCUCACGUCCGCCUCCGACCAAUAACAACGGCGCCCCCGCCGAGGGGGGCGGGGCCGACAGCGAGACCGAGAGCGACGCCGACGACCCCUUCUCCCCCGGCACGGCCGCCAACGACGAGUCGCCCUCGUGUGGCCCCACCAAGAGACGCACGCAGUCCCUCAGCGCCCUCCCCAAAGACGCGGACAGGAAGAGGGAGAAAGAGCACAUCCGCCGGCCCAUGAACGCCUUCAUGAUCUUCAGCAAGCGCCACCGGGCCCUGGUCCACCAGCGCCACCCCAACCAGGACAACCGGACCGUCAGCAAGAUCCUGGGCGAGUGGUGGUACGCGCUGGGCGCCAACGAGAAGCAGCAGUACCACGACUUGGCCUUCCAGGUGAAGGAGGCCCACUUCCGAGCGCAUCCCGACUGGAAGUGGUGCAACAAGGACCGCAGGAAGUCCCUGUCCGACGGCCGCGGGGCCCCCAAGGAUGCGCGGGAGAGGAGCGUGUCGGAAACUACAGACUCGCAUUCGGAGUCUCAGGCGCCGGAGGGCAAGGCGGCGAGCUCGCCGUGGACCGGCGGAGGCGAGCGCCAGGCGGGGGAGCCGUUCGACGGGCGGCGCCCCCGUCCCAGAGCGUUUUCCCACAGUGCCGUGCACAGCCUGGAGCGCCACGGAGACGGCCAGAAGGAGGACAGGUCCAGUUUUUUCCGCAGCCGGCCGCUGCUGCCGUCCUCCCACCACCAGGGCGGCGCCAGCGAGGAUGUCACCAGCGACGAGGAGCGCAUGGUCAUUUGUGAGGAAGAGGGGGACGACGACGUCAUGGAGGACUCGUGUCCCGAAGGCUCCAUCGACCUCAAGUGCAAGGAGAGAGUGACGGACAGCGACGAAGACGAGCCCGACGGCCAGCACGACUUCCAGCCACUGGCCCAAUCGCCUCCCGACCAGCGGGACACGAAGACCAAGACGGGCGCGGGCGCCGCGGAGGAGGACGGCAAGGGCGGCCCCGGGGGGGCGGCGGCCUCCCUGCCCGCGGGGAGCUCCGCAAGUCCCGCCGAGGGCUACCCGCCUCAAGAUAAGAAAGCCUCCACCCUGAUUGGAGGCCAGCAGCCGCCAAUCGCCGCAGGGGGCGGGUACUUGUCCUCUGCCUCUCCCGGUCCUGGCUUAGUUUUCGGGGGCUCCUCGCCCCACGCCCGGCCGCCCCCCCUAGCCGUAAUCGGUCCCGCCGCCGCCGCCGCCUCCACCGUCGGCGCCGAGUACAUCCUGGCGGCCCCCCGGAGCUCCUCCCCGCCUCAGCUCGCCUACCGGCGAGCGGGCUCGGUGCCCGCUGACUCCCCCCCGUCGGCCGACGGCGCGCCACACCAGGGGGCGGGAGUGACGGCUGUGACAGGAAGCAGAGUUCAAGUGCAGCUGCAGAGUAAGAUGCUGGUUCCCAUGGCGACGGUCCAAGCCGGGUCCACGCCUCCACCUGCGCCCGUCUCCUUGGUGGCGCCGCCUCUUCAUGUGCACAAUGGCCCCGCCGCAGGAAACAAGGUGGGCGUCUGCAAAUGGAGACGCCACGACGUGGCCCGCCGGACGUCUUCUGUGAUGGUCCCGAUCGCCCCCGUGCCGGUGGUCCCGAGCGGCGUUCGCGGCGCAGCGGUGCACCAUGGGAGCCCCUUUCCCGUUUCCAUGGCGACGGUGCUGGCUCCCGGCGCCGCACCCCCACAGACGCUUCUCCUGACCACGCCGCCCACCAGGAUCACCUACGUCCAGUCCAGUCCGGGCGUUACCACGGCGAUGCCCCGACAAGCUCCAGUGCUGCCGGGCGCCGCCUAUCUCUCGUCUCCCCUGACCACGUUAGGCUUCGCCGCCAUCGCGCCCGCCAUCGCGCCCGCCGGGCACACUCUGCUGGCUCCGGCGCUGACCGGCCAGAACCAGAACGCCAAGAGCGCCUCUGCCGCCAGCGUUGCCCGGCAGGUUCUUACCCCCGUGCACCCCGCCGGGCCCACCGCCCCGUCGGCGUCCGGCAUGGUUGCCGUGACAACCGCCUCGCCCGCCGCCGACGUGGCGAUGGAGGUUGAGAUGAAGAAAGAGCUCAGCCAGACAGACGUCAAGGAGGAAGGAGAUCAAGACGUCAAGGAGAUCGCAGAAAAACGAGAAGACGACCUCGGCGAGUUCGUCGAGGAGGGAAGUGUCAAGCUUGAAGCGGAGGAGGAAGAGGAGAGCAGGGAUGAGAAACGACGAGGAAGAGAGCCGGACAAAGACGAAGAGGCCGGCGGAGCUCAUUGCGCUCGUCCGCCGCCGUCUUCGGGUUUGGAGCCGGCGGCUUCGUCCUCCAAGAGGAUCAAGUUCCGACCUCCGCCGCUCAAAAAGACGCCCGAUCCCCACGACAAGCUUUUGUCGGAGACGUACUUCGAGGAGCGCUUUGCCGAGCUUCCCGAGUUCAACCCGGCGGAGGUGCUGCCCUCGCCCACCCUGCAGAGUCUGGCCACGUCGCCGCGAGCCAUCCUGGGCAGCUACCGCAAGAGGCGGCGCAACUCCACGGAGCUGGAGCCGGCCACGGAAGACCCCGGCUCGCCGAGGAGGAAGACUCGCCGCCUCUCCAGCUGCAGCUCGGAGCCCAACACCCCGAAAAGCGCCGCCAAGUGCGAGGGCGACAUCUUCACCUUCGACAGAGCAGGUACGGAGGGGGAGGAUCUCCUCGGAGACCUGGACCGCGUGCCCUUCUCGUCCCUGCGUAGAACUCUGGACCAGCGGCGGGCGCUGGUCAUGCAGCUCUUUCAGGAACAUGGCUUCUUCCCCUCAGCUCAGGCCACGGCGGCCUUCCAGGCCCGCUACGCGGACACAUUCCCCACCAAGGUGUGCCUGCAGUUGAAGAUCCGAGAAGUCCGCCAGAAGAUCAUGCAGGCCGCCGCGCCGGGGGCCGCGGACGGCGGCGGUUUCUCGGUCGAGGCCCCGCAAAGCUCGUCCGCCUUCGACCCGUCGCCGCGGGAAGACGGAGGAGGAGCCGAACGACCCGACGACAAAGUCGGCCGGAACCCGGAGGAGCCCAAAAGCGGUUUCUAAGGUUUCUAAGGAGUGAGGCACCGAGUUUGGAUGCAGCCGCUUCCCCUUAAUCCCACCUGGGUGGGAAACGCUCUCGUGGAAGGCGCUCUCAUAACCACAAUAUUCACAAACUGGAGGAAAACGUACGCUCAGGUUCGGCCUCAGCACAUUUGUACAGCGGUUUGUUGUCGGGACGCAAACUCUGUGGUACACGCGCGCACACACACACACACACACACACACUUCAAUAUACACGUAUGUACGUGCCACGGUGCAGAUGUAAUCUCCAGCAUGACGCUGACACACACUUAGCAAAUCAGACUGUUACUCUUGGAUGGCAGCAUCCGGAAGCCCACACACACGCGCGCACAUAAAAAAGGCACUUUGUCACUUGUUACCGUGCAGAUGCAGUUUAGCCGUCGCCAGCCCUCACUUGCCAUCGACUUGACCUCGUCGUCCGGCCACUCCUCAGCACAGUGGCUCCGGACGCAAAACCACAACCCCGACGACCUCCGCUGAUAUUCCACGGCCCCUCGAUGCUGCACACACACACACGCACGCAUGCGCACACACACAUGCACACACACACACACGCGCAGUCAGUGCGGCGUGUGCGCCGUGACCAAGCCAUGACCCCCACCCCACCUCCAGCACAGUUCGCUCGGCGAUUGUAACGACAAAGUGAGAGAUCUCUCCGUGAUGCCGUCGUGACCAAUCUUUGCACCUUCCCGUCGUAUUCGUGUCGGAAACCGAACCGUCGUCCGAUCGUGUGCGUGCUCGGAGCACCUGGGAAAUCCUCAAGAGAUUUGGUGUGACAGAAACUGGACGCCGGACGGAAGGUUGAAUCCCCAAAAGUUCUUAUGCAAAGCAUCAAGAAGAUGUCAGGCUCAACGACGCAGAGGCCAAACAACGAAGCGCACUUGUUGUCGGAAUCUCCCCGUCGGAUACGAUGUGGCUUUCUCUGGUUUUCGUGGAAAUGAGCAGUUUAAGCGUGGCCUGCUUUCCUCUCGUGGCUUGUGUUUCUUCUCCAGCAUAAAGUCAAGAAAAUCGCAACAACAAAAAAACGACUUUGGACUUAGAAUGGGGUGAGAGAACGUUAUCCGUCCCCACCCCAACCGUGAUUUGAAAUGUACGAGCGGGAGGGGAGGUGUGCGCCCCCCCACCCUCCCACCCCCCUCCCCACCCACCCUCGUCGUGUCUCUUUGUAAAAUGUUGAAAUCAGGUGUUUGCACAAACCGCGCGGCCCAUCUCGUGUGAGAGCGCCGCAAGUUAAAUCAGGAAAGUAUUGUUUUUAGAGAUUGUUUUAGUAGAGCAGACAAUAACCUUGUUCCACGUGUUAUCAAUCACCUUUGAUCCCUUGCUCGCCCCUCGCUGUACCUCUCUCAAGCUUUGUUAGAAAGUGCCCUUAAGCACUGGUCCCGGGUCAAGCGCGAUGUAGCUCAGGAUGGAUUUGGUUAGGGUUCAGUUCAGGGAAAGCAGAUCCUAGACCAGCCCUGGAGGGCAGUCUCUGGAGCCCUCCCCUCUUCCCUCUCUUCUCGACACUUUAUCCUUUCCCAUCAAAUGGUGCAAUAGGACAUUUCUUUUUUCGGGGAAUUCUGGGAGGGUUGUUUGGUUUUUUUUUUUUUUUUUUUUUUUUUUUUUUUGCUUUUUUUCUGGGGUGGGGGAGAAAGCUCAGUGCCAUAGAGAACGACAAGCGGUGCGGUCAAGUGAGCGAGCAGAAUGUCAUGCAGUCGCUUACGAAGCAGUAUUAGGGCCACGCUCAAAAGAACACCCCCCCCCCCCCCCCAAAAAAAAAAAAAACUGACAGUCACAUUUUUAAGAGAAAAAAGUCAUAAUGUUAUGAGAAUAAAGUUGUAUUUGUAUGAGGGGAGCUCUGUUGGCUGCAUAAAGAUGAGCAACACAGUUAGCCUCAUAACAGACUUGCAUAAGUCAUUUUUAAACGACAAGAAAAAAAAACGACACAAAUUCAACAAAACAAGUAGAGUUUAUUUGCCUCGAUUCAACGUUUGCGCAUUACCGCGAUCGACAGGACUGACACUCUACGCGCACUUAAAAGAACGUGUUUUGUUUUUUUCUUUCUUUUUGAGAUUGUGCUAAAAAUGGCGUAGGCAAUUACGCAAUUAGGCUAACAAUAUAGAUGAUCUCAUCAAGUUAUUCAUAUAAAGUUGAAAACAUGUCACUUUAUUCCGGUAAUAUUAGGACUUUUUUUUAAUCUUGACGAAAUAUUACUUUUUAUCUAAAAAAAAAAAAAAAAAACUUUUUUUUUUUUCUUUUUCUUUUGGGAAAGUACAACUUUCUGCUUGGAAGAUUAAGAAGUUGUAUUUUAGGUUAUGAUUUUCUUAUUAUCUCAGAUACAUGUUUUUGCUCAAAAAAUUUUACUUUUUAAUCCAAAAAAACUCAACUUUAUUUUCCUAUUCCAACUUUUAUCUAAAAAAUGUCACUAUUUUAAAAAAGUACAACUUUAUAUUCAUAAUAGUGCAACAUUUUUCUUUUAAUCUUGAAAAACUAUGACUUUAUCUUCAUGAGAUGUCCAAUUUUUGUUAAAGAAAAAAAAGAAAGACUUUACAUUAUGGCUUUAUCCUUUGCCAGACUUUUUUUCCUCAAAAAAACAAGAACUUUAUUUUCAUAUUCCAACUUUUUUCAACAAAAAAAAAUGUGACUAUCUUGAAAAAAAUCGAACUUCAUUCUGGUAGUAUUGUAACAUUUUUCUUUAAUUUUGAAAAAGUAUGCCGUUAUUCUCGUAGGAGUACCACUGCUUUUUCUCCCCAAAAAAUAUCACUGUUUUCAAAAGAUUACGACUUUAUCCUUCCUAUUAGUCGUCGUAUAUUGUUAUUCGUUUUCUUUUGAGUGUGGCCCUAAUACUCCUUAGUAAUAUCUUCGCGAUUGUGUCGAAGAAAAAUGAAUGGCGCGGUUGUUGUUGUUGUUGUUGUUGAAGAGAUUAGCGUGUAACUUUAGUAAAAGUCAAAAAAUGGAAUAGCACUUUGUGGCUCUUGGCUUCCUUUGCUAAAGAGUUUGGAGGGGUAGUGAUUGUUAUUAUGGGUAUCGCUUUUAUUUCUCUGUAAACUGUUGGAUGUGUGGAAAAACAACAACAUAUAUAUAUAUAUAUAUGUAUAUAUGUAUAUAUAUAGUGACUGUUUUUCCAUAUAUGUGCAUUUAGGUCUGUGUUUGGGUGCGCGUGUACGUUUUGGCACAUGCAGGUAGUACGUAAACAUGACCAACCACUCGUUCUGUCGUCAAACAGCAACCACAACGACAAUAGUAUAUUUUUCAUGCUAGACAGUAUUUUUAUAGUCUCCAUGACUAUUUUGUCCACCAUGUCGACUGGUAUCAGUCACAUUCAGGAUAUAUACGAACUAUAUAUUCAGGCUAUCCGAUACACACAGGUAAAAGAAGACUCUCUCAUCCCCGAGAACGGGGGUCAGUCAGGGCUGCCGUGUGGCCCGUCUGCGUGCAUGUGCAACGGCCUGCCAACACCCACACAGACGUAUGUGUACACGCGCGCAGUAUUUAUGCGUGUGUACCGUAUGAAUGUGCUUCAAAAAUGAAUUGUCCUUGCGCUGGAGAAGGAAUGUUAGGAUGAAUGAGGCGAGUGCGAUGUCAUAAGCAGGCAUGUUGACCAUGUGCAAUAUUUCCAAACGACGACAAAAACAAAUAUUGAAAAUAUUAAAGCUCUAACACAAGGCC